AUGGUAGACGUCGACCUCGAGCACUCCGCCCAUACCGCGGUAGCCAAAAGGGCACUGGACGGCGGCCACAAACUCGGUGGACCUAGCAGCGUCGUGCACAAUGGUUUUGGAGCUGGCCGAAUGCGCACCGCUAUAUGCCCGGAACUCGACGCGCUUCCUGAAUCUGAAAAGUGGAAGCAAGGCAAGACGGAUUUUCUGCGAGAAUACCUCCGAUCGACGAUCGCGGGCGAAAUUUAA